AGGAGAUGGCCAUAACACCGCUGCUCGUCCGUCCUUUCAGUGACCGUCGUAUUCGGUCAUAGAGCCCCUCCCCCGCCCGCAGCCGCUCGCAAUUGUCUCUCGACGACGAUCGCGAGCCAUAGUCUCUCGUCCCGAGCACACGUUCGCUGAUGGUUCUCGGGCUGCGGGUGUAGAAGUCUUCUUCGUUGGAGCAUCGAGCGGCAGCUCUGCUGUCUCCGACAAUCGUCGAAGGCUGGAUUGAGGUGACACUCUCCGGCUUGCGUCUCUCUCUCUCUCUCUUCUCCUUCUGCCUGUCGGUGUUUCGCGGACGGUUUCGAGCUGGCGAGCGUCGUCGGAGGCUGCUGAGCUCGUGAGCCGCUUCGCCAUACAGUCCACAAUGAAGGACAAGGAGCUCAAGUCCAGCUUCUUCGGAGCAGAGAGGAGGUCAAGGCUCCUUCCCCUGUUUCUCAUCGUAUCAUCUCUUUGCGCCGUGUCAUUCUACCUCGGAGGAGCAUUCUGCUCCGAAAAGAAAACGAUAGAUGAGACCCACCAGUCACUUGCAGCCAGCGACAAAGCAGGAUGUUCAGCAGUUAUCAAGCAAGCACCGUUCGAGUCCUGCAACAUCACAAUGCAGGACUACACUCCCUGCACCGAUCCAGUGAGAUGGAGGAAGUUCGACAAGCAAAGAAUGGCUUUCCGGGAGAGGCAUUGCCCUCCACGAGCUGAGAGACUUCAGUGUCUGAUUCCACCACCAGAGGGUUACAAACAAACCAUGUUAUGGCCCAAGAGUCGGAGUGAAUGUUGGUACAAAAACGUCCCAUAUGACUGGAUCAACAACGAGAAGGCCAAUCAAAAUUGGUUGAAGAAGAAGGGCGACAAGUUUAUCUUCCCAGGAGGCGGAACUAUGUUUCCAAAUGGUGUUGGUGAGUACAUUGACCACAUGGAGGAGUUGAUCCCUGGAAUGAAGGACGGUAGCGUGAGAACCGCUCUCGAUACUGGAUGUGGGGUUGCCAGUUGGGGUGGUGAUCUCUUGGACCGAAAGAUUCUGGCUAUGUCCCUCGCUCCUCGUGACAAUCAUGAGGCACAGGUGCAAUUCGCGCUUGAGCGAGGAAUUCCAGCCAUGCUUGGCAUCAUUGCGACUCAGCGCAUGCCUUAUCCCGCCAACGCCUUCGACAUGGCCCAUUGCUCCCGUUGUUUGAUUCCCUGGACGGAAUUUGGUGGAGUAUACCUCCUCGAAGUCGACCGUGUUCUGCGACCCGGAGGAUUUUGGGUGCUUUCGGGACCACCUGUAAACUACGAAGUUCACUGGAAGGGGUGGGAGUCCACUGAGGAAAAACAGAAGGGCGAUCUUGACCGCAUCAAAGACCUGCUAGAUAAAAUGUGCUACAAACUGUACGCCAUGAAGGACGACCUUGCCGUUUGGCAAAAGCCUUUGGAUAACACUUGCUACGAACAGCGCGAGGAGGGAACUUACCCACCUGUGUGUGACGAUGCUAUCGAAGCCGAUGCUGCCUGGUACGUGCCCAUGAGACCUUGCAUCGUUCCUCAGCAUCCUGACGCCAAGAGGAUCUCGGUAGACACUGUUCCCAAGUGGCCAGAGAGACUCACCCAUGCCCCUGAACGUCUGAGAUUUACCGCUGGAGGUAACACCGGUGGCUUCAACCAGGACACGAGAAUCUGGAAGGAGCGUGUGAAGCAUUACAAGACUCUGGUGCCAGAGCUCGGCACUAACAAAAUUCGGAAUGUGAUGGACAUGAACACUCUGUACGGAAGUUUUGCCGCCGCGUUGAUCGAUGACCCUGUCUGGGUGAUGAAUGUUGUCUCCUCUUAUGCUACCAACUCUUUGGGAGUGGUGUUCGAUAGAGGUUUGACCGGAACAGUAUCAGACUGGUGUGAGGCCUUCUCGACUUACCCAAGGACUUACGACAUGCUCCACGUGGCCGGUCUCUUCAACGCUGAAAGUCACAGAUGCGAGAUGAAAGACGUGAUGUUGGAAAUGGAUCGCAUAUUGAGGCCCAAUGGCAUUGUGAUCGUGAGGGAUACUCCUCAAUUUUUGGACAGCGCCAACGUCUUGGGUAAGGCCAUGAAAUGGAAAUGUACUAGACACGACACAGAGAACGGUGCUGAUGACUCAGACGGAAUUCUUGUUUGCAAGAAGUCCUUCUGGACGAUCUCUGAGGACUCCGUAGAAUCAUAGUGUGCGACAUAGGCAAUUGUUUACAUCGAAAUUAUAGCACUGUAGUCUAAAGGUUCUCAGCUUAGCUCUGCCUGUUCAAAGCUUGCUUACACCUACGUAAACUGCAACAGUACCAAUUUUAGCAAGCCUUGGAUCUUGACCACGGAGUGGUCCUUCCAGUAGGUAAAUCGAGGUAGCGGGGUUGGAAGCCCAGGUUUCAGGGGAUUCCGGAGAGAAAAGGCUUCUGUCUUUCGUUUUGCACCCAUGUAUUUCCUUCAGAGCAGUCGUUAAAGAUUAGGAUUUGUGGAAACAUCGAGUCUUUUGACUUCAACAUCUGUACACCUUUGACUUGAGCAUCUCAUAUUGUCAAUUUAAUCUAUACAAGAAAUUUCAACAC